AUGGCGCAGAAAGGAGAUCAGCUGGACAGAGAAACUUUCUGUUGUUCGAUCUGCUUGGAUCUACUGAAGGACCCGGUGGCGAUUCCCUGUGGACACAGCUACUGCAUGAGCUGUAUUCAAUUACACUGGGAUGGAAAAGAUCAGAGGAGAAUCUACAGCUGCCCUCAGUGCAGACAGACCUUCAAACGGAGGCCUGUCUUGGUGAAAAACACCAUGUUAGCAGCUUUAGUGGAGCAGCUGAAGAAGACUGGACUCCAAGCUGCUCCUGCUGAUCACUGCUAUGCUGGACCUGAAGAUGUGGCCUGUGAUGUCUGCACUGGGAGGAAGCUGAAAGCCUUCAAGUCCUGUCUGCAGUGUCUGAUCUCUUACUGUGAGAAUCACCUCCAGCCUCACUUUGAAUCAACCAAAUUAAAGAAACACAAGCUGGUGGAGCCCUCAGAGAAGCUCCAGGAGAACAUCUGCUCUCGUCAUGAUGAGGUGAUGAAGAUAUUCUGCCGUACUGAUCAGCAGAUAAUCUGUUAUCUCUGCUCUGUGUAUGAACAUAACGGCCACGACACAGUCCCAGCUGUAGCAGAAAGGAUUAAGAGGCAGAGAGAGCUCGAGGUGAGUCGACUAAACAUCCAGCAGAGAAUCCAGGACAGAGAGAAAGAUGUGGAGCUGCUUCAACAGGAGGUGGAGGCUGCCAGUCUCUCUGCUGAUAAAGCAGUGGAGGUCAAUGAGAAGAUCUUCAUUGAGCUGAUCCGUCUCCUCCAGAAAAGAAGCUCUGAUGUGAAGCAGCAGAUCAGAUCCCAGCAGGAAACUGAAGUGAGUCGAGUCAAAGAGCUUCAGGAGAAGCUGCAGCAGGAGAUCACUGAGCUGAUGAGGAAAGACGCUAAACUGAAGCAGCUCUCACAUACAGAGGAUCACAACCAGUUUCUACACAACUACCCCUCAGUGUCACAACUCAGUGAACCUACAGACUCAUCCAGUAUCGAUAUCCGUCCUCUGAGCUACUUUGAGGAUGUGACAGCAGCUGUGUCAGAGCUCAGAGAUAAACUACAGGACAUCCUGAAGGAGGAAUGGACAAACAUCUCACUGACAGUCACUGAAGUGGACGUUUUACUGUCAGAACCAGAACCAGAGCCCAAGACCAGAAUUGAUUUCUUAAAAUAUUCACGUAAAAUCUCUCUGGAUCCAAACACAGCACACAGAUAUCUGUUAUUAUCUGAGGGGAACAGAAAAGUAAAAGUAAUGCAUGAACCACAGCAUUAUCCUCGUCACACAGACAGAUUCACUGCAUGGUAUCAGGUCCUGAGUAGAGAGAGUCUGACUGAACGUUGUUACUGGGAAGUGGAGUGGAGCGGGAGAGGAGUUGAUGUAGCAGUCGCAUACAAGAGUAUCAGCAGAUCAAGAGAUUGGAAUGAAUGUACGUUUGGAAACAAUGAGAAAUCUUGGGCUUUAUAUUGUGAGCCUGCACGUCAUUCAUUUAGAUUCAACGAUGUCAGAACUCCUUUCUCAAAACUCUCUCGUCAUUUCUGCAGAGUCGGAGUGUACCUGGAUCACAGAGCAGGUAUUCUGUCCUUCUACAGCGUCUCUGAAACCAUGACUCUCCUCCACAGAGUCCAGACCACAUUCACUCAGCCUCUCUAUGCUGGACUUGGUCUUUAUGAAGGAGCCAAAGCUGAGUUGAGUAAACUCAAAUAG